AUGGAUGAGAAGCAUAUACUGGGAGACUUGGCAUUGACUCAGCAAAGAACAGUUUCGCGUUCCAAGUUCUGGGUCAUUAUUCCAUCUUUCUUAUCAUGCUUUUACAUUAUUUUGCAUAGCUGGCUGGGCAUAUUGUCAUCGACGACUGAAUCAGGGCCCCUCAAAUACAAUGAAGAGCUCAUCAGCUGGCAGUCUUGUGGGAGCUUUAAGGGCAAUCCCCUUGAAUGCAGCAGUAUUAAUGUUCCUAUGGACCAAUUCGAUCUGGGGUUCCCGGGAGAUAGGACCUUUACCAUCCCACUUGUUCGCAUGCGAGGCAACAACGCGACCCAAAAUCUCCUUUUAAACCCUGGUGGUCCUGGAGCUAGCGGCUUUGAGUUUCUCUACCGCCGAGGAGAGCAGCUGAAGGCCGUGGUCGGCGAAGGUUUCCACCUACUCUCAUUCGACCCUCGCGGGGUCAAUAGCUCGACACCAAUAGCCUCUUGCUAUCCGGACGAUAGGACUCGACAGAAAUUGUCCCGCGUUCGAUCUCUACAUGUAAUAGGCGAUAGCCCCGAAGUCUAUGCGUGGGCGCAGAAUUUUGCCAAGGCAUGUACUGACACGAUGGGCGAGUAUGCCAAGUAUCUCAACACUCCCCAGACAGCCGCCGACAUGAACAGCAUUCUUGAUGCUCUGGGCCAGCAAGACAUGAUAUACUGGGGAUUCAGUUAUGGCAGUCUGCUAGGUCAGACAUAUGCAGGGCUAUUUCCCGAACGUUCAAAGCGCGUUAUCAUUGAUGGGGUUGUAAAUCAAUUCGAGUGGUACGAGGGUCUUUUUGAAGCACAGUCACUAAUCGACACGGACACGGUGCUCGAUGGCUUCUUUGACGAGUGCAUCAACGGCGGAGCUGAAAACUGCUCCCUGGCCUUGUUGGCAGCAUCCAAAGAGGAAUUGCGUGACACCGUGCUCUCGUACAUAGACACGCUUCGAGAUCAGCCCAUCAGUGUAUACAUCAACAACUCCGUUUACGGCUUGCUUGACUAUGAGAAGGUCUGGUACAACGGGUUUCUCGAGGCCCUGAACAAACCUUCAAUGUGGGCUGCCCUUGCGGAUAAUAUGUACAGACUGAUCCAAGGGAAUGCGACAAAUGCAUUUCUAGCAUAUGGAGUUGAGGAGAUUCGGGAUUGGAAUCAUGAAGCAUACGACUUUAUCACCCUGAACGACGGUAUUAGUGGCCCGAUGCAUUGGCCUGAGACAGACAGACGUUCUUGGAUAAGAUCGCGCCCUUAUUCAACCAUAGUCUGUUCAGCCCUGUGCAAAACAAAAAUUAUUACGUGCGGCAACACUGGGCUGUACCAAAGACACAUUCCUAUGUGCCACGCAAAAGUGUGA